AAGUCAUCAUUUCCUUCUAAUGGAGUUUUGCCUCAUACCCUGUUUGAGUCUGUCUCCCCCGUCGGCAUUAUCACCCUGACAUCCAGCCCUAACACUCAAUGAAACACUGAUUCAAAAAACUUCUCAACAAUGGACAACUGUUCUGUUCUUCAUGUGCUCCUCAUGAUCUUCAUCGUGCCUGGCUGGCUUGGGGGUGACACUUUUAUCUCAAGAAAACAGCAAGAGACCCGUUCGAGUAAAGCCUCUCGUGGGUCACAUCUGAGAGUGAAACGUGGCUGGAUUUGGAGCCAAAUAUUUGUUGAAGAAGAAGAUCCAACACCAAGGAAGAUUGGUCAGCUGAAAUCAGAUUACGACACAGGCGACUUUUCUAUCAAGUACAUCUUAUCAGGUGAAGGAGCUGGUGAGAUAUUCAUCAUUGAUGAGUACACAGGUGACCUUCACUCAUUACAGUGUCUGGAUCGCGAGCUGAAGUCCUUCUACUUACUGCAAGCCCAGGCCAUCAACCGCAGAUCCAAACAGCCUGUUGAACCUGAAUCUGAGUUUAUUAUUAAAGUCCAGGACAUCAAUGACAAUGCUCCAGAAUUUAUCAAUGAGCCUUACAUAUCCAGCAUCCCAGAGAUGUGUCCCACAGGGACCACAGUUAUCCAGGUAACAGCCACAGAUGCAGAUGACCCUUUGUUUGGGAACAAUGCUAAACUCAUCUAUUCAAUCCUGCAGGGGGAGCCCUACUUCUCAGUGGAACCCAAAACAGGUAUAAUUGUGACAUCAUGGUCUAAUAUGGACAGAGAAGCCAGGGAGGUAUAUCUGGUUGUGGUUCAGGUGAAAGAUAUGCUGGGACUUGACGGAGGCUACAGUGCCACAACCACCGUGACCAUCAGCCUAAUGGAUGUCAAUGACAACGGACCCACUUUCCAGCACAAUUUGUACACAUUUGCUAUAUCAGAGUCAGCCCCAGUGGGCACCACAGUGGGGAGAAUAAUGGCAGAUGACAGUGAUGUUGGUCUGAACGCUAAAAUGAACUACAGCUUAGAGGAUCUCGAGGAGAGCAGCACCUUCACAAUCCAGACGGACCCUGACACUCAAGAGGGGAUUGUCAUACUGGAUCAGCCACUGGAUUUUGAGAGCAAGAGGCGGUUUGUCAUUGUUGCAGAGGCCAUCAAUGAAAACAUAGACACACGUUUUUUAAGUGCAUAUGAGUUUCAAGACAGGACAACACUCAAAAUUACUGUGACAAAUGUGGACGAACCACCCAUCUUUUCUGAAACACUUUAUAGCUGGAAAGUUCUAGAAAGCGCCCAAAUUGGCACUCAAGUCGGUACAAUCUAUGCUAGAGACACAGACACCACCAACAACCCCUUAAGAUACAGCAUUUCAAAGAGCAGUGACACACGACAGAUAUUCAGAAUUGAUCCUAGUAAUGGGACAGUGUAUGUGGCCGAACAUUUGGAUCGAGAAACAGCUGCCUGGUACAACUUGACCAUCAACGCCAGAGAGAUCAGAGAUGACCAGCUGUCCUCCUCUGUGUCUUUACUCAUCUCUGUCCUGGAUGUCAAUGACAAUGUGCCUACCCUUUCACAAGACUACCAGCCCUAUGUAUGUGAGGACACACAGGCAGGAGAGCUAAUUGAGUUGAUCAGUGCCACUGAUGCAGAUGAUCCUGUAGAUGGCCAUCAUUUCUAUUUCUCCAUGAUCCCAGACAAACACAUCAAUCCCAACUUCACCAUCAGAGACAACCAAGAUAACACAGCUAGCAUUCUGGCACGGCGGAGCACCUUCACCCAACAUGACCGCACACACUAUUAUCUUCCAGUGGUGAUCAGAGACAGCGGAUCCCCCAUUCUGUCCAGCACCACCACUCUCACCAUCAGGGUGUGUGUGUGCCAGCCGAACGGUCACUGUCCAUCAGCUGGUGUUGAAGCCCAGGCGCUCGCCCUGGAUCUCAACAUGCAGAUUCUACUGGGCCUGUCUGUUUGCCUCAUCACUCUUGCAGUGCUAUCCACGUUAAUUCUUGCUGUGCGAAAAUACAAGACAGUACGGCAGGAGAAAAUAGCAACACAAGAGCUGGAAACAGAAGAGUUCUCUGAGAAAAUCUUGAGUUUUACAGUGCCAGAGACACAGUCCAACCAAACAGUUUCUCUUCGGCAUCCGCACCGGCGAGAGCGUAAGCUCUGUCGAGAACACGUCACCAGCAGUAUCCGCAUGUCUCUACGUCACUCUCACCUCAUAGGACCAGAGGACGGGGUCUUUCAACAGUUUAUUAUGGAUCGUCUGGCUGAGGCAGAUGAAGACCCCUACGUCCCACCCUUUGACUGUCUGCACACAUAUGCGUUUGAGGGGACGGGGUCGGUCUCGGGGUCACUGAGCUCGCUGGAGUCUGAGGUCAUGGGGUCACUGAGCUCGCUGGAGUCUGACGCAUCCGACCCUUGCAUGAGUCAAACUCGUGAUUCGGGGCCACAGCUCUUAAGGCUCUCACCAUGGCUGGGAGCAGCAGAUGAUGACACCUUAUUCUGACCUGACGACAAAUAGCUAUUCUCACUGUGGCUUUUAUGAUCAUACCUACAAAUCUGGAGUGACUGAACUGAACUUUUAGGGGUCAAAACUAAGAAGGAUCUUGAACCCUGUUCUUCUUCUACUACUACUUUUGAGACUCUUUGGGCAUCAGACAAUGUAUAUUGCAGAGACCCUAAAAUUGGAAUGAUGGUCCUAUAUGGCACUAAUACACAUGUGUACAUCCACACAUCCAUCCAUUAGGUAACAUUAUAAUAAUAAUAAUUGAAUUUAUAUUUUUAUCUCAAGAGAAGCACUAGCGACUGAUGGUAAAGCGUUGUAGAUUUUUUAGUGCUCUUGUUAACGUGCCCACCUCUCAUGCCGGUUUGAAUCCUGCUAUGUGCGGUUGAGAGUUAAGUCCGCCACUAAAAAAAAUAAAAUAAAAGUUGUACUGUCCUACAUGCAGAACCCGAUUUCACCAAGUUUAACAUGUUCCUGGAACAACAUUUCAAUACAACCAAUAAGAUUUGAGGGACAAGUUUAAAGGUGCAGUGUGGGAUUU